UCAUAAAGUGCUUGCACAUUGCACUGUGCUCCCACAGCUAUGACAGUGCAGAUUGAGAGGGCCAAAGCUGCAGACAGAAGCACUGAGGUGUGUAACUGGCUGCUGGGAGGCACCUGUGAGCCUGGGCUGUACUCAGCGUUCUCCCUGCCCUGUGCUUAGUAGCUGUGGUUCCCUAUUGCUGCCUCCUUGGUCUCAGAGGAGCAAGGAGCAGGAGGCAGGUGUGUGGCAUUGCUCAAGCUGUUAGAGCUCCCAAGGGAAACACAGGACCUUUGGAGGCAUGUCUGGAUAGCUGAACCACUUUGUUUGCUGGUUUGAUUUCCUGUGAGAAAAUGAGCUACAACCUUUUUCUCCUGGCUUUUGUCCUGGGCAUUACUGGAGCUUUCCACUACGGAUUGCAGGUCUCCAUUAUCAAUUCUCCUGCUGAGUACAUCCAAAGUUUCAUCCGUGAGACCUGGCUGAAGAGAUAUGGCUUCUCCCCCAGUGCAGAGAUGAUGACUUUGAUGUGGUCCUUCAUUGUGUCCAUUUACAGCAUUGGUGGGCUCCUGGGCUCCUCAUCUGCUGGCUACUUGUCUGUUAGGUUUGGAAGGAAGAAGGCCCUGCUGCUUGCCAACAUCCCUGCUCUGCUGGGUGCAGCUCUGAUGGGGCUCAGCCGGCUGUGUGGAUCUUUUGAGAUGAUCAUGGCUGGAAGGUUAUUUUCUGGAGUCUGUGGAGGCUUAGCUCAGAAUGUCCAUAUCAUGUACGCUGGGGAAUGUGCUCCACGGAAGCUCCGUGGGCUGAUUGCCAUAACAGCUUCUACCUCCAUUGCUACUGGAAAAUUUAUAGGAUUUGCUCUGGGUCUCAGAGAAGUUCUUGGAGUGGAGGCUCUCUGGCCAGUUCUCCUGGCAGCCAAUGCAGUCCCUGCCCUUGUUCAGCUUCUCACCCUCCCCUUCUUCCCAGACUCUCCUCGCUACCUGCUCAUUGACCGAAAGGACAAGGAGGGAUGCAUCAAAGCUGUGAAGCAGCUCUGGGGAGAAGGGGACCACGUGGCUGAAAUAGAUGACAUGCUGUCGGAGCAGAAAGCCAUCGGUGGGGAGAAGGCCAAGGGCGUGUGGGACCUGCUGCGGGACAGGGCGGUGCGCUGGCAGCUCCUCACGCUCUUCCUCGUGGUGUCCUGCAUGCAGCUCAUCGGCGCCAGCGUGGUUUACUCUUAUGCAUACAGUAUCUUCACAAAGGCUGGAAUCCCUCCUUCUCAAACCCAUUAUGUCUCCCUGGGGGUUGGGACCGCUGAGAUCCUCUCCACAGUUCUGUGUGGAUUCCUCAUUGACCGUGCAGGGAGGAGGACACUGCUGUGGAAAACCUACACAGUGAUGGCCUUGGCUCUAGGGCUCCUCACAGUCACGCUCUCACUGCAGGACUCCUAUUUCUGGGUACCAUACUGCUCUGUCGCACUUGUCUUUAUUUUCAUCAUGAGCUUUGGCAUUGGGCCAGGCGCAGUAGUAUGCCCCUUGAUCACAGAAAUAUUUAUUCAGUCCUACAGACCAACUGCCUAUGUUUUUAAUGGUGUUACAAACUGGAUCCAGCUCUUCGUCCUGGGGCUUGUGUUCCCUUUCAUUGUGGAAGGUCUUGGUAAUUUCUGUUUCAUCAUUUUCCUGACAUACUGCCUGUCCAUGGCUAUUUUUGUGCUCCUGGUGCUGCCAGAGACCAAGGGGAAGAGCAUGCUGCAGGUCAUGGAGGAGUUCAACCGCCUGAACUACCGUGGGAAGAGGGGACAGGCAGCCCUACAGCAGAGUAACUGCUCAGUGGUGACUGUUACCAGGCUUUGAGAACAAACCCUCCACUUCCUAUUUUGCUCUUUUAUUACUGUAGUGCCCAGAAGUCUCACUAAGCAAGAGAGAAUCCAUAGAUCCACAAAAAAAAAAAAUCACCUUCAGUACGGGGUGCAGCACGAACUUGGUGGUUCUCUCCAGCUUCUGAAACAUGAGCUGAAUUAAUUCCUCUGUAGGAAAAAAGAAUUAACACAGUUUAUAGAGAAAAUAAGAUCUUUGUCAGUCCCUCCAAGCUUGCAGCUGCAAAAUGAAAACACAGGAUCUGCUAUUUUUUUUUGGCCAAACCAGGACUCCACAGCUGGGAGAGUUGAUUCUGGAAGAUGCAGAGGUACAGCAAACUUGAAAAGAAGACAGAGCUUUGACAUUUAAAUUGUCUGCUCCUAUUAACAAGUCAGUGCUGAUGAGCUCUCCCAGAGAAGAAGCUUCACAGGAAUAAAGAUGUUGAGCUCUUUGAAGCAGUGGAAGCAGGGUGCCUUGCCUGUCAGAAUCAGGCAGAAUCAGUGCGCAGUGCUCCCCCCACCUUUACAGUCUUGGAGAUUCUUCUGUUGGGAAAAC